CACUUUUUCCUCCGUUCUCGAACUGCUGCAGCUUCGACUACGCGAGGAGAGCGACGACGACUCCUUUGUUGCAACACCACACCAUCUACGCCACGGAGGACUUUGGUGGACGCGAUGUAAGGAGAGUAAGUUCAGACCAGCAUUCUUCCUCCUCUGGGAAGCACGGACGAGACGGGACGACACAUAGUGCACACCACCACCUGCUUUCUCGCUCGCUCGCUCUCUCUCACCUUCGUCGCCAACCUCCGUCUCCUUUCCCUCCGAGGGGGAGGCCCACCAGAAGCCAGAGACGGACUGAGAGAGAGAAAGAGGAAAUUAAGGGAGCAGAGGAAUAACUAAGUGUCUCUCCUCCCUCGCAAUAAUUAUCGUCACAAGUCAUCCCGCUUCCACACCUCGAACUGAUAACAAGAUAUUCACACAUUCAACGGAGCAGAAACAAAAAUAAACUGUUGAUUUUUUGCAUUCCGGGCAUUCCUGCGAGCGGAAGUGGAUCUCUUCUCCUCAAACUCAUCAUCAUCACCGUGCUCUCCUCGUCUCCCUGAAACUCUGUUCGAUCGUCGCAAAGUGACACAAGCCAGUGAGAUUUAAAGAAUCGUCUUAUUCCUUCACCCACCCACCCGCCGUGCAAAGCAGGACUGUGUGGAAUGGAACCGUGUCUCUCAUUCACACCGUCUCGUAAGAAUCGCAAUCGUGCUUAAGAUUAGCUCCAACCAACAACAUCUUAUUCUUUGGAGGAGAGAGAUCACCUGCUGCAGGAGAGCACUACAUACAUGUAACAGUAGCUACGUAAGUGAAUGAGGUGUACGUACGUAUGUAUGCAACUUAUCGUCAGAUCACGCAGUUGUUGGCCUCGGGAUCUUUGUUCUUCAUCUGGAGGUUCAGACCUCUGAGAAAAUAAGACGGGGGAUCGGAUAUUGAAAUUCAAGUGUUUACACUAAUAAAGUGAGGGCGAAAUAUACAUCUGUACGGCUCAAGUGGGGAGAGAAAGUAAAGACGAGACGGUCAGGUUGCUUCGAGUGGAGUUCUCCUCCUCGGCUGCUUCACAUCACACACAGUCGAUUUGGCUGCUGCUGCUGAGGUGCUCGUACUUUCGCCAUCAAUCCUCCAUCCCAAGCUGUCCAGCUCCAGACUCACUCGCCAUCAAUCACACGUACACAACUCCACUUGUUCCGCAUAAAAAUAGGCAUCAUUUUUUCCACAAUCGCCAACAUCAUCGUCAUCAUCACUGCUCAAAAGUAAGAGGAGAAAGCUCUGGACAUUUGUCUCAAUUUGUACUCUGACAUCCUUCACACACACACAAACAGCAGCUAUACGCGAUAUAAGCCCACCUCACCCACCAACUAUUGUUCCCGACAUCAUGGACGCUUGUCGAGUAUAUUAAAUAAAUAUCGAGCAUCUCCUCAAUCGAGGCUGAAGGCAGAGGUGGAAGGAAUUAAAGACCUGCCAUCCUGCUGGUGCGGUGUGUGGUGAGACUGAGGAAUUUACUGCACGGGAGGUGAGUGAAAGUGACACGUCAAACAAUCCCUUUAUUAUUUCCGCUGCCCUGUUUCAUCAUCAUCUCAUUAGUCGGUUGUGGCGAGAGAGAGAGUGUGUUCAUACGGCUUGGCACUAGUCAGGAAGUCCAAACCACGGCUGUACAAAACAUAUUUGCAUGUGAACAUACGUGCUAUCACGGCGUGAUGGUAUUAGUGGCACCGGACCCAAGUCGACCACACUAAUCGGAUUAUCAUUGACGAUUAAUCCGCAAUUUGCAUCAUUGUUGUACUAAAAACUCGUCAACACACUCUCAUUCCAAAUUUCUGUUCGGUGGAUCAAGAAUAUGAGCUAAAUACAUAUUUCCUGUCAACACUAUGGACAAUCUCUCCCCAAGUAUUUUCCCUUUUGUCUAAAUAUUGCUGAGACGUGUCAAGCAGACAGUUUGUGAUGAGUUGAAUAAGUGAAAGCCAGUGCAGAACAUUUAAUAACUUGACGCCGCCGUGUGAAGGAUUUAGCGAAAAGCUUUCUUGUGAUCUCCUCCUCCGCCACGGGUAUUGUUUUUUGGCUUCAAUAUCUGUGUGGGUAGAGCUGAUUGCAGCGUGACAAGUAAUUGAGUUGAAUCUAAGGCGAAUUACUAAAUAUUCAAGUGGACGAAUCGGAUGCUACACAAUACUAAAAUUUUGGUCGUCGUCAUCACACUAUUCAUCCUGAAAUCGUACUCCACCUUGAACUUGAAUAGGAGUGAAAUGUCGUCAACUUAAGGUCACGGUCGUGAUGACGAAGGAGAGCGAAAAGGGCCUAAAAGAGUCAAUAAACGGGGACAACGAUGGGAGCGGAGGAGGAAGCGGUGGGUGUGGUUCGUCAGCUCGCGGUCGGUCAAAGAUAGUGACGGACUCUUCCUCCUCCGAGGGCGUCGUCGUGGUGGUGAGCAGCAGCGGCACGAGUGGUGGGAGUGGCAAGGAGAACAAACAACAGCAAACCAUGCCAUCCUCCGAACCCUCGCGUCGAGUCAGCUUGGGCGAGCCGGUGGGGCUGCCGAGCGAGCACCUCCUCCCCCAACCACCCUCUAAAUCGCAUCCCACGAGCAAGGAGGCAGCCGAGGAUUCAUCCGCCCAACAAAAGAACGGCCUCAAGCGACAAAACUCUGGGCGACAAAAGUGUCGUUGUUGGUGUUGUUGCUGCACCUGCUCAUGCCUGGCCCUCAAGAACUCGGAGCCGAAGGGGGGAAAAGAGGCAGAGUCAGAUCUCAUCUGUGAUCCGGAUCCACCCCUGGAGGAGAUCCGCAGUUGGGGGGAUUCGUUCGAUAAGUUGAUGCGAAACAGUGGGGGUCGGAAGGUGUUUCGAGACUUUCUCAAGUGCGAGUACUCCGAGGAGAACAUUCUUUUUUGGCUGGCCUGCGAGGAGUUGAAGAAGGAGCGGUCUCCGGAAGCGAUCGAGGAAAAGGCCAGGCUCAUCUAUGAAGACUACAUUUCCAUCCUCUCCCCAAAAGAGGUGAGCUUAGACUCUCGCGUACGAGACGUGGUCAAUCAAAACAUGCGAAAUCCAAAGCCGUCAACGUUUGACGAGGCGCAGCUGCAGAUUUACACGCUCAUGCACCGCGACUCGUACCCACGCUUUAUCAACUCGCCCCUCUACAAGAAACUCGCUCAGCUCAACUCGACGCCAACUGGGGGGACGCCAUCAGGUGGACCACCACCCCCACUGCCCGGCUCUCAUCGCGGCUCCAUCGCCAUCGCCUCCUCCUCCCCCGCGUCCAGAAAACAGUCCGCCGCCUCUUGAACGUCCCCCUCGCGAGGAUCCACCACGCCCAGCCCAGGUGGUGUCAAAUAACCAACCACUCCCCUUCGUCCUCUUCGAACAACCACCACCCAGAACCACUUACUUACAUUACCUGCUACUUGGCAUUUGACGCAAAAUAAGAAAACAAUCACCGCGUCGUCACUCUUAUUAUCACUCUUCGUAUGUACAUACGCACGUAUUAUGCAUUUAAACCACCACAUGAUCAACUGCGCAAUUCUAAUAAUUAUGAUAAUACUAUAGUAAAAACUAUGCUGUACAUACAUUCAUAAAUAUAUUUUGUAGUUCUGCCCAUUCGAUUAAGACAGCUUAUAAUUUUCCAUGAUAAUUAUUGGCUUAUUGUUAUAAUUUUCUAUGUUUUCACUAUAAACAUUCCUUGUUUUGCAUUGAUGUUGUAGCCGUACAAUCGACCACACUUAUAUGCACUCGUUAUCUUCCCUAAUAAUGACCUCUGUUUGCUAAAUGCUCCCAACAAUGAAUGUGUCGACGCUGCAGGUUUAACAAAUGAAAAGAUCUUUAUUUAGAGUAGUCACCGAAUAUCAAAUUGACAAGUAUCAAAUUUAGGAGAAGACAAAGAGUGUGUGUUGCCACACGAAAGGACAGAUCGAAUCUUAAAGUAAAGAAUUGUUCUUCACAAACUCUUGGCCACUCGGCCCACAAUUCAAGUUCAUUGCCUACCUGGUUUACCUUGAUUUUAACCUUGGUUGAGCCAAUGAGAACAAGACAAAUUUUAGAAUGUUCCAGAACAUUUAGAAAUAACCAAUCAGAUAGACAAGAAUUAUCUUUAUCACAAUUAAACAAAUACUAAUAUAAUUAAGUCGGGUGAAACUGCAGGAUUGCUGGCGCUCACUUAAUUCAAAUUUACAUACUCCGUUCUUUUCAUCUCACACACACAAUUCACAAUUUAAGAUGAAUGUCAUAAUUUGGGGCGUUCCGCAACAGAUGUCCUGGGACCAUUUGUGUUACUUUACUUUCUCCCUGGUUGUGGCAUGUUAUACAUACACAUACAUUCAUUUGAGGUAUACAUUGCGUAUGUCCCUAUCCCCCAUGAUUUUAACUUUGAUUGAAAUGCCAGUACAGAUUUAGUGCAGUAAGAGUGGAUGGACUGACCUAAUUUAUAAUUUAUUUUGACGUAGUCAAUACACCACGUACAUAAUUAACCAAAAGGUCUCCCGUGAUAUGACGAUUUUAUUGACAAACAAAUAACAGAAAUAAUAGUGGGGUGGGAUCUGGUCACCUUACAUAAAACACCGUCAAAUGAAAGGCUGAUGAAGAAGUCUGCUUUAUGCGUAUACAAUAUUUCCGACUCCUUAUGUACUUGGUUUUCUUCCUUCAAUAUCAUGUUUAAAAUCAGCCUGACCAGGAACACACUAAUAAAAUAUGAUGAUGCCAACUUAUGCCAAGUGGUCAAGUUAAUUGUCUGCAAAAUAAAUAAAAAGUCAUAAGAAAAUAACUGGACAAAGCAAUGGCAAAGCACAAUUAAUGUUAAGUACUAUGUAUGUUUAUCCGUAAUAAUGUAAUACAUGUACUCUUUACAACUACUCUGUAAAUAUAGAUAAUGAUUUAAUUACAGCAUUUAUAAAAUUAAAACGUCUGCUGAAUUUUUAAGUUAGACUUCAAGUCAAAAACAGGACGAGUUUGGAUUGUCGUUACCAUAAAUUUAAUGUUCAGUACUAAUGCAAAUAAUGUCUAUUGUCUCUCGAGCUAUAUACAUACAUACAUACGUUCUACUAGUAAUAAGCGAUUUCAUUUAUAUAAGCGGUGAGUAAAGCAGGAAACCUUGCUUAAAAUUCUCGUCAAAAUUCUGGUCCGAGUCGGUCGAUGUCCACGACUUAAAUAUAAGGACGACAAACACGCUACCUAUUUAUUCAAACCUACGCUGAGCCAAAUAUUGCUGAAAGUGAGUUAAAAAACAUCAAAGUCCGAGCUCGCCCGUAAACUCGGACUUUCCUAGUUUUUGCUGACCUCAGCAUUAGUUCAAAGAUUCACAUUAGUUAGCCAAAUUGGACCCCCACGUAUACGUACAUAUGUUAAACGGCGUCACAUUGUGUAGGCCGUGUGGAACAAAAGCUCGUUAAGUGAAUAACUAAGUAGUCGAUUCACCACUUGAUUUUAGUACAAAAUUUUCAAAAACGAGUCGAGAAUGGGUGGGUCGAGAUGCUUCUAAAACUCACUUUCAGCACUAUGUAUAUUGAUUCAUGAAAGGCUCUCAACCAAGGUAAAUAUAUAUUCGUACUUACAUGUUCAAUAAACAGGGAAGAAUUACUCCGCAGUAUAAAUACUAAAUAGAAGAGAAUUGUUGUGAAUCAUUGCGUCAAGAGCCAGGCGGCAAUGAUACACCGAUGCGCAUUCAUUGGCUUUCUCGUCCAUUUAGUGUUUAUACACGCUCAGAGGACUACAUACAUAGUUUCAUACACUCGAAAAUGAAUUCAAAACUAUACUUUGGAAUGAAUGUACAUGUGCAAGUGUAAAAAAUCAUCUGCUAAGAAGGUCAUGACUCAAAAAUGCAUGACACAUAAUAACUCUAAUAAUAAAUGUUACCAAAUAAAUGUGACAAAAUGCUUCAGUAUUCGUACUUGAGAAAGGUUUACUAAGCUAGAACAUACGUAUAUUAGACCAGAGUAAGUGCGGGAUUGAUAUCCACUCCUUCUUGUAAUGUGGGGCAGGGCUCCUUGAGUGAAAAAAUGUGUUUUUAGGAUAAUAUGUAAUAUUUUAUGUGAUAAUUACUGAAUAUCUGCGUGAGAGAGAGGGUGUUAUUGACUAUCCAGUAUUAUCAUUUUGAAAUGACAAAUUUUACAGGUUACUAUUCUGCAUUAUAAAUAUAUCCGGAUGUAGAUGUUAGUUUACAGAAAUAUGUAAAAUUGAGUAUUUGUUAAGUUGACGGUUUUGUUUGUCGUAAGUACGUAUGCAACUGUGGCAAGUCGUGGCGUGUGCAUUUUAUGGGCUUCCCUACAGAUAUGCGGUCAUUCAUGUAUACAAUGUCUCAAGACAAUCUCACGAAGAAAGAACAAAACUGAACCUGUUAAUAUUCCACUCUUUUUUAUCAACAUUUCCUUUCUUGUCAAUGAUUUUGUUCAUCCUGUGAGGUUUAAAAACUGAUGUGACGUGUUAUUGGUACAUACAUGUUAGACAAAGAGAACAUACAUAAAUACGAAAUAAAACAAACAUUAUUAUUAAAACUAA